CGYGUGUUCGCAUUGCCAUUGCACCAUGGGAGGCAACGGGGGAUCGCCAAAGACGAGAAAACGAAAGCACAACGGCGACGCAGAAGCAGACGCAGGCGCAGACACAGACCCAAACCCGCCCGGGGAUGGCAGCAGCUGCAAGGAUCCGGAGCAGGACGGGGAAGCCCUGGCGCAGCGAGAGGCACUCGCGCAGUCCGAGGCCGACGACCUCGAGGAUCUCUUGCUCAUAGCAGCCGAGGCAGCCCUUAUCGAAUUCGACGAAACCACGGGCCGCCCCGUUCGAAUCGCCGGGAAUGCCAGUGCCAGCGGCAGUGCCAGUGGCAACGCCAGCAGCAGUGCCAGCGGCGACGAGGGCAACGCCCCGAUCGACGGCCUCUUGAAGAUAUCCCGCCGGAUGCUCCGGAACCAGGCCGAGGACCUCUUCGAGGACCUGAAAGGCAUCCACGCCAUCGUCAAGGACAGGGUCCGCACCCACGAGAUGGUUCCCUGGGCGGGAACCGACGGCGACACGAAACGGCUCCGCGCCUUUGGCUUCCUGGGAUCCCCCGCCCUGGAACGCCUGGACCGAUCGGGGGCCGUGCGCCUCCACGCGCCCGAGAAGACGGGGGCGGAAGCCCUCCGCGACGAGCGCGCCAAUCGCAGGGCCAUCUGCGUGCUGGACCCGGCCGGGGAGCCUUUGCCGGCAGGGGCAAACGACCGCCGCGAAAGAGCGGCAGCCGUUGUGCGAAAGAGGACGGUCCGCCCGGCAGAGGUGGCGGACAAGCUGUGCGCCGCCAUCCUCGGCAGCGGCAACGGCAGCGGCAACGGCGACCACCAUCCCCUGGAUCCGUCGCUGCUGUCCUCCGGGUCGCUGAUUGCCUACCAGACGAACCUCCACAACGGUGCGAAACACCUGGGGGCCCACCUCGAUGCGCCGCUCCACGAGGGCUUCGGAAAGGUGAUCGUCACGGUCGCCGUCCGUGGGAGCGCCACGAUUCUGUUGAUCGGAAAGGGAACCGGCGGCGACGGCGACGGCGGCGACGACGAGGGGGAACAGCCGGCGUGGAGGUUUCGCGUCGAGGAGGGCGAGGCCUACGUGCUGUCCGGAAACGCCMGAAACGCGUGCCUCCACGCGGUCCUGGCCGACGACGGCGGCACGGGAGGCGGCGGCGGUGGGCACCGGGAAUCCCUGAACCUCCGCUUUGGAAUCCACACCGUCGAAGAAGCCGAGCGCGACAUCAAGCGGCACUGGCCGGAUCUCUGGUGACCGCAACGGUCCGAACCACCCGUUGGAGGAAGCCUUCCGCGGUUGCGGGGGGGAAGGGAUCGUGGGACUCCCGGUGCCGGCGGGGCGUGCCGUUUGCGGGGGGGAAAAGAACAAACCGUUGCGGGCGAACGAAACCGAGAGGGCCGAAUCGAAUCGAAUCGAAUCGAAUCGAAUCGAAUCGAAUCGAAUCGAAUCCAUCCUCGACCUUGCCGCUGGCGGGUGCGCUGCGUCGCACCACCCUUUGCCGGUUCUGGCAGAGCUCUGCCGUACAAACCGUUUUGGAAGAAAGGAGGACAACGAGAAUUUUCAAACAAAAUUUGGGCACGCAC